CAUUAAAUACGGCCUUUUAGCCGAGAAGGAAUAAUUUCGUUCUCACCGUGGCAUUUUUUCACCGAAAAUAAACAUAAAUUGAGCUCGCGUUAUCGUCACGUUUCCCCACUAAACUUGAAUAUAAUAUCGAACGGUCAAAAAUAAUCUCAAUCUUAUGGCAUUAGGUGAAGAUUUUGGUGAAGACAGCGGGAUGGAGUCGCAAGAAGGCAGCGCAAAAGAUGAAACCCCAGAAAAAAAAUCAUUAGAAAUUGAAGGUGAUGUAGACGAUGAACCUGCCGAAACGUUGGGUGAAAGAUUGUGGGGGUUGACCGAAAUGUUUCCAGAAACUGUACGAAACACCACCGCAAAUAUAGCGGAAAAUACUACUUCGGGAAUCAAGCAUUUGUAUGGGUUUUCCCGAUCAUUGUUUUGGAUUGUAUUUAGUAGUUCCAUUAUUUUGUUUGCACCAGUUAUAUUUGAAGUAGAACGUGCGCAAUUAGAAGAAAUGCAGCGCAAUCAACAAAAACAGAUUUUGUUAGGACCAAAUACGGCGAUGUCUGGUGGUGGUGGUGGUGGGAUGCCUUUAAUGCCACCAAUAAUCCGAUAAAUGAAAUGAGAACUUCUCGUUAUAAUAAUUUAGUCCAGAGCUCUUUUGUUUAAUUAUUUAUCCGAGACAUAAAAAUAGAUUGUAAAUUUUAUUGUAACUAAAUGAGAAUUACAAUCUAACACCAACUAAGUGCAUUUGCUGAUUACAUACAUUGUUGGUUAUUUUGUUUUCUUUUUUUUUUAGUGUUAUCAAUAAAAUUAGACUUAAUAUUGAA